AUGAUCGCAAAGAUCCUUCUCCUACUGCUUGUAAUCUUGUUUUUCGGCAGCAAAAUCUCGCAAGCCAAGAAAGUGGAGGACGUCCUAUCAGAAUGUACCUUCAAUCCUCACAGCACCUGUUGCUCCAGAAUUAUUAAGAACAUUCUCUAUGAGAGGAACAUUAGAUCCCUUCAAGAAUUCUGCUUCAAUUUUGAUUGUUUCAAGAGUGGUCAGCUUUCGGCAUCAAUCUUUGAUAAUCACAUCUCCCAACAAGUGAUCAACACUAAGGAUUUCUGUUCACUUAAUAAGGAAGAUGCCAUGACUGUUCACAAGCAGAUGGCCAAGAAGGACUUGUUCUUUAAUCCCUUCAUGAUCAAGGCUAAUGUGUCAGUGCUGGAGAAAGAGUAUCAUAUCACAACCAAGUUUGGAAGUGAUCAAUCUUCAGCAAUUGUCAGAAAGCUGCUUGAAUACUUUUCAGUUUCAUACUUUUCAAAGAGUUAUCAACUAAAACCAAAUGUUAUUGACAACUUUUUGAGAAAAGAUUCCAAAGACGAGAUAGUUUAUUGGAUCAAGAGUCAAUUUGGUAAAACAGAGAAUCUACCACUCAUUGGUGCCGAAUUGUCUAACUUUUAUUCAUUCCUUAGUAACCCUGAAUCAAGUUCCUCAAACUAUUCAUCUAAUAGUUUGCAAAUAGUACCCUUCUCAGUACUCUUGAUAGCAAUCGCAAUGUUUUGGUACAAACUCCAAUGGGAGGUCACUUCUCUUCAUAGCUCCCAAUGUGAAAGGAUAACAGAAAUUAAGAAAGAAACACAAACAUUGGGGAACUAUGUUUCAGACUUAGUUUCUACUGUCAAUAAGAAUACUACAAAUCAAAGUUCAGAACUAGAAAAUACAAAGAAAUAUCUUGAAGAAAAAAUUGCCAAUUCUUUCCUUGGCGCUGUUAAACUUGGUCACCAGCUUGAAAAAAAACAUGACGACUUGGAUAAGAACAUUACCCAACUCAUAAAGGAGCUUGUUGAUUCAAGUGAAAAGAAUUUCCAUACAGAAAUGAAGAGCACACUUGAAAGUGUCCAACAAAUUGUUACCAAUGAAGGUUCAACCAUAGCUUCUAGAUUAGAAUCAGAAAUGGAAACUUUGAAACUAUAUCAUGAAUCUGUAAACUCCAGUUUGGAUACAAUAGCAAAAGAUGUUGGACAACAAUUAGAAACAGCCAAGAAAUAUCUUGUACCAAUAGAAACUCUGCUUGAAAAAACAAACAAAAAAGUGGAAGAGAACCAUAGGUCUAUAACUGAAUCCACAAAAAUAGUUACAGAAUCAAGUCAAACUCUUUCGAAAUUAACAAAGAAUGUUUCAGAUUUGGAAAGUCUUUCAAAAGAAACAUCUAGUACCUAUCUUAAAUCAUUAGAAAAUCUUCCAACAAUGCUUAACGAAACUAAGCAAAUGUUUGUAGAUUCACUUCAAACAAUGGUUAAUGAAACAAAUCAAAUCAUUUCAGCAGAACACGAAACACUCAGCACUAAAGUUGAUAAUCUUGAGAAAUCCAUUUCUACCAAUUUAGAGUCAAAUCUUGUUGAAACGAAAAAGAUUGAAGAAACCAAUAGAAGAAUAAUUGAAAUUUCUUCAAAAGUUGAUAAUCUUGAGAAUUCCAUUUCAAGGGUUGGUAAGAGUCAAACUGAAGCAAUUACCAAGAUUGCAAAGGAGUCCACCGAUUUGGUAGUUUCCAAAUUGGAAAGAUUCAAUAACAGUAUUUUGACUAAUAGCAAAGAAACUCAAAACUCUGUAACCUCUGCAUUGAAUCAAUUAACUGAAGAGGUCAAGAUGAUAGUUACCGAAGAGGAAGUGGUCAACAAGAUUAAAAAACAUGUGGAUGAUUUACAGAAUAAUCUUUCACAGAUUAUUAAAGAGAAUGUUAAUCUUGGAAAAUUGGAAAAUUCCCUUAAUAAUCUUCCAUCACGAGAGGAAGUGAUGAAAUUCAACAAUGAACUUUGUUGCAAGUUUGUAGCAAAGAUUGAUGAUACGAAUCAAGUGCUUCAUAAAGAAAUGAAGAGCAAACUUGAAAGUGUCCAACAGAUUGUUACCAAAGAAAGUUCGACCAUAGUUUCCACAUUAGAAUCAGAAAUGGAAACUUUGAAACUAUAUCAGGAAAUUGUAAACUCCAGUUUGGAUAUAAUAGAAAAAGAUAUGGGAAAGAUUACUGAACAACAAUUAGAAACUACCAAGAAAUAUCUAAAACCAUUGGAAAAUCUUCCAACAUUUCUUAAUGAAUCCAAACAAGCCAUUGUAGAGAACCAGAACUCUGUCGCCUCAAAAUUGACAGGUUUGAUUAGUGCAACUACCACUUUAGAACGCUUUAGAAUAACUGAGUUCAGCAGUGCACUUUGUUCUAAAGUUGAUAAUCUUGAGAAAUUCAUUUCAAGUGUUGGAAAGGAUUCCACUGAUUUGGUAGUUUCCAAAUUGGAAAGAUUUAAUAAUAGUAUUUUGACUAAUAGCAAAGAAACUCAUAACUCUGUAACCUCUGCAUUGAAUCAAUUAACUGAAGAGGUAAAGAUGAUACUUACCGAAGAGGAAGUGGUCAACCAGAUUAAACAACCAUUAGAAACUCUUCAAACAACGCUUGAAAAAACAAACAAAACAGUUGAAGAGAACCAGAAGUCUAUAACUGAAUCCACAAAAAUAGUUACAGAAUCAAGCCAUACUCUUUCGAAAUUAACAAAGAAUGUUUCAGAUUUGGAAAAUCUUUCAAAAGAAACAUCCAAUACAUAUCUUAAACCAUUACACAAUCUUCCAACAAUGCUUAACGAAACUAAGCAAACAUUUGUAGAAACUCUUAAAGAUUCACUUCAAACAAUGAUUAGUGAAACAAAUCAAAUCAUUUCAGAAAAACAUGAAGCACUCCGCACCAAAGUUGAUAAUCUGGAGAAUUUCAUUUCGACCAAAUUUGAAACAACGAAUUUACUAGAUAAUCACCUUUCAACACAUUUUGAACAUCUUGGCAAGUCCAUCAAUGAAACAAAUGAGCUUGUUAAUUCAAGUGAAAAGAAUCUCCAUAAAGAAAUGAAGAGCACACUUGACACUCUUCAACAACUUGUUGCAGAUGAAAUAGCUCACAAAUUAGACACCAACCAAUCCGAAUUAGCAACAUUAACUGAUGAGAUCAAGAUGAUAGCUACAAAAGAGGAAGUGGAUACCAAGAUUAAACAAUAUGUGGAUGAUUUACAAAAUAAUAUUUCACAGAUUAUUAAAGAGAAUGUUAAUCUUGGAAAAUUGGAAACUUCCCUUAAUAAUCUUCCAUCAAGAGAGGAAGUGAUGAAAUUCAAUAAUGAACUUUGUUGCAAGUUUGUAGCAAAGAUUAAUGAUAAGAAUCAAGAAAUUGAACCCACAACAUGUGUGAAAUCAAUAGCAAAGAAGCAAAUUGAAAACGGAACAAACGAAACUCUCAAAGAACUAGUCAGAUCUGAAACUGGGGUAAUGGUUGACAAAAUAGCCGCUUGUGCAAAUACUGAAACAAUUGACAAAAUUAAUGCUUUGUAUCAAUUGACAGAGGAGAAUGGAAAUGUUGAACAAAUGCUAAAACUUGACAUUUCGUUGGUUCAGGACCAUCUCUAUGAUGCAUUAUGCAAAUUAGAAGCCUUUUCAUCUGAUAUUAUUAAUGAAACAAUUGACCCUACAGUAGAAACGAAAGAAAUCGAAGAAUCAUAUGAGAAUUUUGAACUUGUUUCAUGGGAAACCAUUCCAAAACAGGAAGAAAAGAAUGUAACUGAAACCAUUAUUAUUACUCAAUUGGAUCAACCCAUCUCAUAUGAUUACAUUGAACAUUCCUCAAAUUCACAAGAAUUUUCAUUCGAGGAAAACAAUCAUUCCAUGAAAUUAGGUGUAAAUAUCGACAGUACAUCCACUGGUCCAUAUUAUAUUAAUCCAAAUAUUCCAACAGUUAUGGAAACUCUGACCUUGUAUAAAGAUGUUCAAGACCAGAUAGAACAAGACAUUCCAAAGCAAGACUCAUCUCCAAGACAAGAAACAGAAGAAACUCUAACAGUACAAGCAACCCCAAUGUGCGGAAAUGAGGUACCAUCAUCACAAGCAGUUAUCACCAUUCAAAAUAAUAGCAAUACAGCAUCAUGUACUAGUAGUAGUCCUAAUAGAAAUGCAACAAGUAGUGGUGGUGGUUCUCCUUGCAAAAAACAAAAAUCUCCAAAGGGAAGAAAAUGCAAUAACUUAGAUCUCUCCAAUGGAAUUAAGGACUUUGAUGAGCUUGUUAAGAAGCUAAAAGAGGUAAAAGAGGAUCUCAAAAUGAAAAAGGAUAAAAAAAUGGUUAAUAAAGUGAAACAUUAA